ACAUCAAUAUUGGAAAUGGAAUUUGACAGACCAAGCGGGACAAAAUAUCGUGUUCCCCCAAGAACUGGUCAUGUUUGUGUUUGCUUCAACAAAUACAUGGUUGUAUGGGGAGGAUAUGCGAAUUUCAGCUACCACCAUGAAAUGUACCUGCCACCCUCUGAUAUCUGGCUUUACGACACUGAUGUAGGAUACUGGAUGAAGAGAGAGACGAGAGGCAAGUGCCCUCCUGGAACCUCUGGUGCCUCUGCAUGUCUCGUUGAUUACCACAUGUACGUGUUUGCUGGACACACAGAGCACGGAAAUGUUAACACACUGCACAGACUUGACCUUCGAACAUUGGAAUGGGAACAUGUACAUACUGACAGUGAUUCACCUAGUCCUCGGGAUAAAUGUGUCUGCUGGGUGCACCACAACAAACUAUAUGUUUUCGGAGGAUUCUCGAUGCCACUCAGCAACUAUCUAAAUGAAAAUGGUGAAUUUCAUGCAGAUCGGUCCAUAGUUGGGGUGAGGGGAUGGAAUAACCAGCUGGUGGUGUUUGAUCUAGAAACAAAGACAUGGCAUAAUCCUCGCUGUAAGGGUUUGGUACCAUCCUCUCGAGCUGCUCAUGCAGCAGCUAAAGCUGGUGCCCAAGUGUUCCUAUUUGGUGGACGUCACAUAGAAGAAAGAAUGAAUGACCUUCAUUGUCUUGACCUUGAAACUCUGACAUGGACAGGACCGUUGGUCACUCCUGGGAAUGUUCCAGUGGGAAGGUCAUGGCACACUUUCACUUUGGUGUCCGACAGGCAGAUGUUUUUAUAUGGUGGAUUUGACCAAGCAGAUAACCCUCUAAAUGAUGCUUGGAUACUGGACAUUGUAAAGUUGACCUGGACAAAGCUUGACCACUACAAAAACUGCAACCCUCACCUCUGGCAUACUGCCUGCAGGACUAGAGAGGGGGAGGUGGUCGUAUUUGGAGGAUGUACAAAUAACAUACUUAGUGUGGAGCAACCCACGGAACACAGUAAUGAAGUAAUAACCUUUCUACUCAAUCCACUUUCUCUACUCAGGCUGUGUCUGCACACUGUGUACAAAAACAAGGCAAAGACACACUCCGAUUGGGAGUUUCUUCCUCAGUCACUGGCGGCAUGGCUACAGACAAAAAAUGAUCUGAUGCUGGACAUGCAGAAGACUGUGAAGGAGCAAACAAGAGAUACUGGGCAAUCAGUUGGAGCCACAUGCACAGUGGCUUAACUAUGAUUUAAUCAUUUGUCUUUUAAAUGUGAUAUUGGAUACACUGCACAAAAGGAGAAAGCCAUCGUUGAUCCUUUUUAGAGAGUUUGGUAAUCAAGACUGGAAUCUAAAGAGCAGACUUAAAUGACACCAUACAGCUAUGAGAUUUGUUGUAAAUGAAAAACCUCAAAUGAAAUAAUCAUCCUAACUUUAUUCAGCUAUUGUGAUCAAUGACAUGACUUCCUGAUGAACCCAUUACAGAAAUAUACAUUUUAAAAUCA